AUGGCUUCGCCUGCCUUAUACAACUCCCCUGCUCCUGGUGUUUCCUACUAUACACCCGCACAGUACCCAGCAGCGGGCACUGCGCCCGACCCUCAGCCUGAUGGGAAACCCAUCCCUAAGCUCUUCCAGCCGCUGAAAAUCCGCGGCGUGGAGUUUCAAAACCGCAUUUUCUUAUCACCCUUAUGCCAGUACUCGGCGGAGGAUGGCAAGGUCAACGCAUGGCACCUGGCUCACUUGGGCGGUAUCUUCACACGGGGGCCCGGCCUGACCUUCGUAGAGGCGAGUGCAGUGCUGCCUGAAGGACGUCUCACCCCAGAAGACGCAGGAAUUUGGAGCGACGAGCACAUUGAGCCCUGGCGCAAGAUUGUUGAGUUUGCGCACUCGCAGAACCAGAAGAUUGCGAUGCAGCUCGCACAUGCAGGGCGCAAGGCGUCCACAUGCGCGCCAUGGGUACACCCUGGCGCCGUCGCCCCCUUGUAUGCGAACGGCUGGGCGGACGAGGUUGUUGCUCCGAGCGCGAUUCCAUACAAUGACCUGCUCGCGAAACCGAAGGAGUUAACCAAGGAAGGAAUCCAGAGGAUCGUUACUGCCUUUGUUGCUGCGACGUGCCGUGCGCUCCAGGCCGGUUUCGAUGUCAUUGAGAUCCAUUCUGCCCAUGGAUACCUCUUCGGAGAAUUCCUAAGCCCUGUAGCUAACAAGCGUACGGAUGAGUAUGGUGGGAGCUUCGAGAACCGGACGCGUUUCGCGCUUGAAGUCGUGGAUGCCGUGCGUGCGGUCAUCCCGCCUUCGAUGCCUCUCUUCCUCCGGAUCUCCGCGACCGACUGGCUCGAGGAGUCGUUACCCAAUGAGCCCUCAUGGCGCAUUGAGGAUACUGUUCGGCUUUCCUCAAUUCUUGCCGAGCACGGUGUCGACCUCCUCGACGUCUCCAGCGGAGGAACCCAUCCUAUGCAGAAGGUCAAGGGCGGACUUGGUUACCAGGCACCGUUUUCUGAGGCUGUCAAGAAGGAAAAUGGGGACAAGCUUCUUGUCGGCGCUGUCGGCUCGAUCACGGAUGGCAAGCUCGCAGAGAGUAUCCUCACCAAGGGCCAGGCCGAUGUGGUCUUUGUGGGGCGUGGGUUCCAAAAGAACCCUGGGCUUGUGUGGACAUUUGCAGAGGAGCUGGGCACCACUAUUACCAUGACGCACCAGAUCGUGUGGCCGUUCUUUGGUCGUGGAUCAGCUGGACUGAAGACUGCACUUCCGAAGUGA